AGAAGGCUCAAGGCAGACCCAGCAAAGAGACGGGGAGAGUAGCACAUCCGCACGAGACAGUUUCAGGAUCCAGCUGAACAGGAGAGAGAGCGCCACUCAUCCCCACUCCCCCUCCCAGCCAAGGGGAGAGCAAGUCUAAAUCAUGUUGCUUAUCAGUGCUGUUGUGCUGUGAUGUUGCUCAGGCACAGCCCGGCGAAGAGCAGGAAGCCUUGUGGACCUCCGCCGAGACCCGGGAUCCGCCCAGAGCUGGAGAGCCUGACCCCGCCGCGCCUGUCGCCCCCACUUCGCGGCAUGUUCCCCGAAGAGAGCCGGGGGUCCGGAGGGGUUGCAACAGUGGAUUUCCUGGAGGGAACGUAUGACUAUGCCACCCCGACCCCAACCCCGACCCCACUCUAUAGCCACCCCAGUCCGGGCUACUACUCGGCGCCGCUGGACACUCAAGGACCUCCAUCGGACGUCAGCCUUCAGUCGCUGGGCAGCGGGCCCACCAGUCCUCUCGUCUUUGUGCCCACCAGCCCCCGGCUUAGCCCCUUCAUGCACCCCCCCAGCCAUCACUACCUGGAAACCACUUCGACUCCUGUCUACAGGUCCAGCGAGCCGGCCGGUCAGCAGCAGGCCACCAGAGAUGAGCAGUGCGGCACCAGCACGGAGCCUUACGUUGUGGGGGGGUCGGAGGCCGCCGCCGCUGGAGUGUUUAAAAUGGCCAAAGAGACGCGCUUCUGUGCCGUGUGCAGCGACUACGCCUCCGGCUACCACUAUGGGGUGUGGUCCUGUGAGGGGUGCAAGGCCUUCUUUAAGAGGAGCAUCCAAGGCCACAAUGACUACGUGUGCCCUGCAACCAAUCAGUGCACUAUUGACAGGAAUCGAAGGAAGAGCUGCCAAGCGUGCCGACUAAGGAAGUGUUACGAAGUGGGCAUGAUGAAAGGAGGUGUACGCAAGGACCGCCGCCGUGUUUUACGCCGUGACAAGCGGCGCACCGGCACAGCUGAGAAGACCGCCAAGGAAGGGGAGCAUAGAAAAGUGUCCCCCCAGGACGGGAGAAAACUGGGUAGCAGUGCUGGCGGGGGAAGAUCAUCAGUGACAGACAUCCCUUCUGACCAGGUUCAUUUCAAAGACAUGAACAGAUUUAUUGUUUACAAUUGUUGCAAAUAUGCUAAUUAUGUUCUACGUCAUCAGGUGCUACUCCUGUUGCAGGGGGCUGAACCGCCGAUAUUGUGUUGCCGGCAGAAGCUGAGCCGGCCUUACACGGAGGUCACCAUGAUGACCCUGCUCACCAGCAUGGCUGACAAGGAGCUGGUCCACAUGAUUGCUUGGGCUAAGAAGCUUCCUGGUUUCCUGCAGCUGUCUCUGCACGACCAGGUGCAGCUGCUGGAGAGCUCCUGGUUGGAGGUGCUGAUGAUCGGCCUCAUCUGGAGGUCCAUCCACUGUCCCGGCAAGCUCAUCUUCGCUCAGGACCUCAUUUUGGACAGGGCCGAAGGAGAUUGUGUUGAAGGCAUGGCUGAGAUCUUUGACAUGCUGCUGGCCACUGCCUCGCGUUUCCGCAUGCUCAGACUCAAGCCUGAGGAGUUUGUCUGCCUCAAAGCAAUCGUCUUGCUCAACUCUGGCGCAUUUGCGUUCUGCACGGGUACGAUGGAGCCGCUCCACGACAGCGUGGCUGUGCAAGGCAUGCUGGACACCAUCACCGACGCCCUCAUACACCACAUCAGCCAAUCAGGGUGCCCCGUGCAGCAGCAGGCCAGGCGCCAGGCCCAGUUGCUCCUUUUACUGUCUCACAUCAGGCACAUGAGUAACAAAGGCAUGGAGCACCUGUACAGCAUGAAGUGUAAGAACAAAGUGCCGCUUUACGACUUGCUGCUGGAGAUGCUGGACGCUCACCGCCUGCACCGUCCGGUCCAAGUGCCUCCCGGUGGAAGCGCCAGCGAUGACCCCUCUUUUAGUUCCGGAGGCAGUAGCCAAGAAAGCCUCAGCAGAGCCCCCCCGUGUCCAGGCGUCCUGCAGUUCGGAGGGUCCCGCCCCGACUGCGCUGACAUCUUAUGAGAUGGAGCUUAAACGGAACAAAAUAUCAGCGUGGAAGUGGAGGUGAUUUCAUGAUUGAGAUGAUUUAUCCAUUUCUGUGAUUUGUUCAGGCACAAAUCAUCACUUUUGACAUCGCGAGUGCCAGCUUACAUCACAUUGUAGCCAACUGUGAGCUACUCUCAUUCCAAUUAAUGAGCAGCUAUUCUUCAUUUUCCCAUUCAACCAAAGUGCACUUCCUCUUUAAGGGGCUAUUGGGCAUUACUUUCAUCUUUUUGCAAAAUGUGAUUCAACGUGUAAUUUAUUUUAGAUUUCAACUGCCAGCUGAGAUCAACAUGUCUGAUGUUGUGCUUUUGUCAUGUUUGGAAACAAUAUGAACUGUUAAGUCAAACGUUUGUCUCUCUGUCUGCUGUGUUGGUGAUGAAUUAAAAGAAAAUACAGCGUCUAA